AUGGACUUGCUUAUGACGCACUUAUCAGAAACCGGAACAGCCGAUUGUGAAGAGGAGAAAAUUCGCGAAAAUAAUCUUGCCCAUCACGCAAUCGUCGUAUUGAAUAUUGCUGCCGGAAGGAAUUUUUUGAGCUUAGUGGACUAUAUCCUUCAAUGGGGAGCCAAAGAAUGUAUCGAGGAUCAUUCCAACUUAUUCGAAGCAGCAAAAGCUGGGCAUUUCAAAGUUGUGCAACGGCUUAUUGAUGCCGGUGCGGACCGGGUCCGUGCCGAAGAUUGGGUACCUAUCUUGCAGGCUUGUGACUCUGUCGAAGUGAUAUCCCUUUUACUUAAUAAGAGCUCUAAACCCGAAAUCAACAUGGUGACGCGUAAUGGAACGGCUCUGCAGGUGGCGUGCUGUCGCCAUUCUUCUGAAAUGGUGGAACUCCUCCUAAAACAUGGGGCCAACCCCAACCAGGAGAUGGGAAAGUUUAGUUGGGUCGAUCAUCCACUGAUACAAGCGGUCAACCAAGGCUUUGCUGAAAUUGUCCGAAUGCUUCUCGAAGCCGGCGCAAAUGUCGAUGCGCGUACAACCAACGACAACACCCCACUUCACUAUGCUCUAUAUUCAUCCAAAAUAGAAAGCAACGAUGCUUGUUUGCGAACACUUCUUGAAUUUUCCCCAGAGCUAGACUUCCAGGACCGCCAAGGAGACACGGCUCUGAAUUGUUUAGUCAAGACAACACCAGUACUCUCAGUCCGCUUAUUGCUCAAUGCUGGUGCUGACCCCGAAAUCCCUAAUGAUGAAGACCUCACUCCUAUAUUUCAUGCAAUCCAGAUGCAAAACUUCGACGUAGCCCAGUUUCUAAUCAAAAAGGGUGUAAGUAUCAAUUUCUCUGCCGGAGAGAUUGGCGGUCCGAUCCAUCUAGCAUGUAAAGAGAACUCACUAGAUCUUAUCGACGUUCUAAUUAAACAUGGAGCGGACGUAGACUUGAUGGCAGAUGGUUUUGUAGGAACGCCACUCCAGUCAGCUUUUUCACAUUGGGACGACCACGACCUCCAAAAGAACAUCGUCAAUAGGCUACUAGAUGCCAAAGCCGACGUGAACAGAAAAGGUGGUCGAUAUGGCUACACUAUCAACUUCGCGUUCUUGGUGUGCCCACCGGAAAUUGUUCAGUUGCUGCUUAAUAGCGGUGCGGAUACUGAUGUGGAGGACAGAUAUGGCAGAAAUCCUGCUCAUUUGGCAUCAUUGCGCACAAUUACUCAUGUUGAGAAAUUACAGAGUUCACCCCAGCUUUUCCAGCGUAAAGAUCAUUUAGGGAGAAAUGCGUUGCAUUAUGCUGUUGGCAGUGGCCGCCUUGAUGUUGUUAAAAGAGUCUUCGAAAUUUGUAAGGGUGAUAUUGAUGUAAGAGACAUGGAUGACUGGACACCACUGAUGUGGGCUGCCAGAUGCCACCAGAAACCGAGUGAUAACUAUUUUGGGGGCCAAAAUGGUGCCGAAAACGAGGAAAUAAUCCAGUUCCUUGUAAAAACCUGUGGUGCUGACAUUAGGGCCCGCGGCCGAGGUUGGGAUAGAGAAUGGUCACCAUUGAAGCUAGCUAGGUAUCACGGAGCUUCUCAGACUAUCCGGGAUCUCCUUUCUCCCCUUUCUCUCCGACAUGAGAACAUAAGUGGCCCUCCCGAUGAAGAAGUCCCACAGAAUAUACAUCACGGAGAAGUAAACACACUACAUGACCAGGAAACAAAUUCCAGCCCAUUUUUGGAGUCGGAUAAGAAAUUCCACAGGUCCAAAACAGCACGCGAACAUCAAGAUCUUUACUGCGAUUCGUGUCUCUAUGUGAGUUUUAUCGAUUCUUCUUGA